AUGCUUAAUUUAGACGUGCGUCGAUUGAUUUCAUUUGGAGCAAAAAUUAUAUGUGCUAAAGACAUCUACUCAAUGCCAAUUUUAUUUCCUUUAAUUCCCUUUCCAGAGCUUCAAGAGGCAUUCAGUUUGUUCGAUAAAGAUGGCGGGGGCUCGAUAUCAUACUCCGAGCUUGGUGCGGUGAUGCGAUCGUUAGGACAAAAUCCAACGGAGGAUGAACUCAAAGAAAUGAUAGCUGAGGUGGAUGAAGAUGGUAUGAUAAUUGCGGUUGACAAUUAGACUGCUUCCUAACUUUAAUUUUUUCAUGGGGAUAAAAAUAUCGAGUAUGGCAGCCAUUUUCCCUGUCACUUAAAUUUACCUUGUUUUCACGCAAGCUAAUUGCUUCACUUUCAUGUUAGACUGACCAUUGAGUCAUCAUAGGCAUUUUCCCGAAGUUUUCCCUUUUCUAUAACUUUAAAAAUACCACUCCAGGCCCAGUUUCCUCGUCAACGACUAAAAUUCGUUCCAAGAUUUUGAAAUAUUUGUUGUGCAAGCAAGGAAUAGGUCCUUAACGAGAUUAAUGGCUGCUUAUUACAUCUUCAUUCUACUGCAUAUUAGGGACGUACAUUAUUUUCUAAGUGUUCGUGAUUAAAAUCUUUCUUCUUUUACAGGAAAUGGCGAGAUUGAUUUUGAGGAGUUUCUUCAAAUGAUGUCUAAGAAAAUCAAGGAAACUGAUACGGAGGAAGAAAUAAAAGACGCGUUCAGGGUUUUCGACAAGAAUGGAGACGGAAUGAUAAGCGCACACGAACUGAAACAAGUUAUGGCGAACCUCGGCGAAAAACUUACGGAUGAGGAGCUGGAUGAAAUGAUGAGAGAAGCUGACACCAAUGGGGAUGGACACAUUGAUUAUGAAGGUAAAUAAAAUGUUACAAACAAAAACAUCUGAUAUGCCGAGGGGAAUUGAGGUGGAAUUAAUUGCAUGUUUUCACAUGAGGUCAUCGAUAUUCAAACUAAAUAAACUAUCGAUCCUUCAUGGUUUUUAAUUUCUUGACGUAUAAGAGCAGAUAUCUUUUAAUAUGCCAUGACGCUUCUAAAUUUGUAUUGCUAAAAGUCUAAACUCUUUUAGAGCAUAUUUGCUUCAAACUUGUAUACAUGGCUAUACAUGGGUAUACAUGGCUAUUUUGAUACAUUUCUUGAUACACUUUAAUAACCCUACUUAAAGUACCUACCCAAACUUGAGGUAAUACCGCUGCUCAAGAAUGCAAAAUGUCCACUUCCGGUUUACGUGCGUCGCUCAAAAACUUCUUUGCUUAUGAAACCAUCUUAUCGGCGUACAUUAUAGCAGAACUAUAACAUACUUCAACGUCUUUUCGUUUCACAGAGUUCAAAUUUUUAAUGAUGAAAUAAGAAAUCUGAGUGAAUGAAAGCUCCGAUAAGCUGGAUUGAAGACAAGUUAUCUUUCGACGUGCCAGGAAUUCUGGAAAUUAUUGCACUUGUACUGGAUGAGUGCUACCUUGAAGCUGAUCAAAAGCAAAUGAUGAAGAGGUUAUGUUGUGGACACAUUUAACGCGCGCUACUUACUGAACAGCGCUUAGAAUCCUGCUGUAAACAUAAUGCGAUCACUUUGCAGUAAUUAGAAAUUUUUCCGAGACCUAUAGAUUCUAGGGCGAGGCGAAGACUGCAAGGACGAUAUGAUACGAUACGAUGGAGUGCACGCGCGUGAACCAGCGUCAUUUUGGCGGGAAAAAGUGAUAGCCCUCGUAAUUAUACUACGGGUUUUAAUGAAGUAACGGAAACAAGUUAUCAAAUGUUAGAAGUUUUAUCAUUUUGAGCGGAUCAGGAAAGAGCUUAUUACUCCCCUAAAUAAAGUAAUUGGCAAACCUAUCCGGGGUGUCGAAAUUUUUAGAGAACGGAAAAAAAGACCUUAAGUUAAAACUCGUCCUUGUUAGUCUUGAUCGUUCUCGAAUCCAAGGGUCUCUGUUUUUGCGAACAGACCACUUGUAUAAAGUAUUUUACGCUUAUUUUGGCCAUGCUGAUCAUAUUAUAUUCACCAACGUCUAGAAUACUGUAAAGCAUUUUCUUAGUGUUGCGUAGCACAAUUAUCUUGUACAGUAAACACCCGCUAAAAAGAAAUAGAGGAUAUUACAUGGCCUCGCGGAGAUACAAAAUUGUCUUCGAGUGUUGAAAUUUUUUUUUUCAACUCGAGAGGAGAAAUUUCGCAUCUCCAAGCGGCCAUGCAAUGUUCUAUUUAUUAUAUAAACACCAAUGAAAUACCAAACCAUUUCACUUUAAUGGUUUUUUCGUGUGAAAGGCGCGAUUAAUCGUGUAGCCAUAGCAACGGUGAUCUGUUCACAAGUGAAGAUAACAAUGUUAUUUUCACUUGUGAAGAUAUCGUGUUUUCGCGCGAAAGCUCACCUGGCAUUUCAUUGGUGUUUAUAUAAUAAAAUAGGUUCUUUUAUUUUGGGGUUCUUAUCGGCAAUUUAGAUUAUUAAGUAGGUUUUUAAUUAAGUCCUUAAUUUUUAUGAAAGAGAUAUAAUAGAUUGAUGAUUACCAUAAAAAAUAUAUAAACUUGGGUUAGGUCCUAGAAAGCACAGUAAUUAAUCAAAAUUGUAAAUUAUUAUAACCCUAACAAAUCUGAUUGCCGAAUUUUUAUACAGUUUGGCCAAGAGCCUUGGUUUGGUACAGUAUGUUCUUGCUAUACUUAUGAAUUAAUUUUGCAAUCUAAAGGUUACACUCCUUGGUUAAAUUGUUUAUCAUAAUUUAACUGUAUCCGCCUGGCACAUAAAAUGAGCCUAAUUGAUCUUGCUUGUCUAAACAGGUUCUUGUACUUUUGGAAAUUAAACUGGCAAAUUUCUGCUAGGAGGUUCUUAAUCCUCUUAUUCGGGGGUGUUUACUGUAUUGCAAAUUGAAACUCAUAUUCACGUUUUAGACUACUUUUUUAAUUUCACUUCAUAAUGAAGCAUUUUGAGCUUUUGAAGUAGCGACCUUGUUUCAUGUUAUUUUUGACAUUGUAAUGAUAUUAUUUAUAUCGUUUUUAAUACAAUCAAGCAGAGUGAAAUUUCUUCGACUAGAAAUACAUCAGAUCAUAGUAUAUGCAAUGUAAUGGAAGAUUUAUCAACUUUCCAAACCUUUUUAGAUUUCAUAAUUAAUUCCAAGAAAGUUAACUUUGGAAUAUUUAAAGUUCAGCAGUAAUAUUGAGCAAAGCGGCAAUUUCCUUAAUUUGCUGGGCUUUCAAUGAAUUUAUCGAAAUGAACCGAAUUCAAUUAUAAUCGUAUAUUUUCGCUCAUUUUAAACAGUGAUGGCGUCCUGGCAUCACAGUGAGCUUCAUUUUCUUUAUUGAGACGUUUGAGUCACCGCCACUGCAACAUAUAAAUCAUCUGCACAUAACGUAUGUGGGCACGAGCCCAUAAUCCGGAGCGAGCAACUCCCUAGGCCUAUGUCACGGCGUUUUUAUGGACCAGUUUAUUUUUAGACACAUUUUAGGCCACUUUUUCCCGCGAAAAUAAAAUCUCCACCAUAUUUAUGAGCCCAUUCGAAGUAUAAAGGGAAGACUAAACGACUAUUGUCAGACUAUCGUUAUGAAUACAAGAAAAUACUUAAGGGGCUAACAAUUUGACUUUUGAGGGGGGGGUGGGUGUAUGGGUGAUUUGACUUGGGUAAAAAAAAGAUUUCCCCAAAAUCUGGUGAUAGAAUUUUUUCCUGGCAUACAACGGUGUAAGAUUUUUUUUCCAGCUUUAUACGUCUUGAAAGAUAUUUUUUUCAUUAUAGGAAUUUUCUUCGCAGGUAUUUCCUUGCAAGAAUUUUUUCCCUCGAAAAUAAGUCUGCAGGACAUUUUUUUUUUCUGAAAUCACCAUACCCCCAUCAAAAGUCGAACGGUAGGGCCCUAAAUGGAACAUAGAAGUAUUUAAAAACUUUUAAUGACUGGUGCCGAUCAAAAACAGAAUCCCACCAAUUUAGAUUUAAGGGAAACAAAAUUAACUCGUUUCUCGAGGGAUCAGCCUUGACUUCCUUUAAUAGGCCUGCAAAGAAAUGCAGACCUUGAAGUAAAUCUCAACUAGUGGUCGAAAUAAAGCGGGCAACAUAGCGCUUUCCCUUUUGAAUUUGAUAGAUAUUGCAAUGUUUACCCCUUACCUUUUAGCGGGAAACAGUUUUCUUGUCGGUCAUCAAGUGAUUUCGAAGGAAUCAAAGGCAAGCGAGCUAAAGGGAAAAAAGCACCAGUGUAUAACAAAACCAUUUGUUAUCGCUUCGCGCCGCUUUCAAUAAGGGAGUUGAAAUGAAUCCUGUUUUGGAAGAGUCAGUGGCGCCACUAUAAUAUUUCGGAGGUGACGUCAUGUGAAAACGCUCUAUAUAUAAUUUUAUAAACAACACAGGUAGCCCAAGCGUAAUGGAAAAUAAAAAAGUUUGUAUUGCAAAAUGUAAAACUUCUUUAAAUUAAUUAAAAUGGGUUAAAGUUAUCAGUAAAGUAUAAACAUUGUUACCUGUCUUUCUUUCUACGAAGUUUUAGUGCGAUGUGUCAGUAUAUAGUAACUGACAAUGUCAUCUGCUUCAAAAGCAGCGCCAAAUUUGUUCUUUGAAUACAAAUUCAGCCGUGGCAACCAAGCAACGAUGCUGAUAACAAAUUGUUUUUCUGAAAUUGUUUUUCCACUGAACAAUGUAAAAGUACGUGGUCACCAAUAUCCACCCAAACAAUGUUUGCCCCCAAAUUCUGCAUAAACGUAUUUAAAAUGCACCAUUUUCCCAAGAGCAUUUUAAGACAAUAAGUUAUGCAAAAUUUGGGGGGCAAACAGAGUGUAUUAUGGGCAAUUGGAAAAUAGUCAAUUGCUAUUAAACAAAGGAAACCGUCUUUGAAUAGGAGUAGGGAUAUGAUGAGGGACUGGACCUGCCAGUAAUUUACAAUGCUCUCUUGGGAUUCGUAACUUUUCUGUUACGCAACCUGUCACUUCAUAACCCUGAUGAAGUACGAGUGAUUCGCACGAAAUCAGUAUUCGUUUCAUUUUAAUUUUUCGUUCUGAGUUUUGGAAUUUUCUGCACACUAAAUGUCUUGGCCAGAGCAGAUGAAAAAACUUUUUAGGUAACCAUUCCUAUGGCCUGCGAACGCAGACGUCACGCGUUCCGGUCGUCGCUUGCUCUUCGACCCGUAAAGCGUGGCUCUCAUAUGUUGCCGAUGCACCUGCGACAUGGCCGCCGGUACUGCUGGGAUACUGUUCCGAUAUGAUAACAGAAGAGGCCGGCAACAUUGCUCAUCCCAGUCUUUAACCCAGGCAUGCCUGCGGUAGAGCUCUGCGAUGGCUCUAGUUGCCGCCGGCGCAUGUCCUCAUUUGUCCGAGAAGUGUCCUAGGCGGUACUGGCGGCUACGUCGCAGAUACAUCGAUGACAUCAAUUUACUACUAUGACGAGCAGGAUCUUUCAGGGUUUCGCUUUCUUGUGCUAAUUAGGGCGUUUGUUAUUCAAACCUCACUGGGAUUACAAAAUUUAAAUAUGAAAGGAAAAAAGAAAAGGAUUCUUGUCGAAGUAGUAAAAUGUGCAAAUAUUAAUGGCCGGCCUAUUAGCUUUCGGUUGGAGAGAGGUGAUAACCGGAAAUACACCUGCGUUCGCAGGCUACAAUUUCUGCUUCUAAUAAUCAACGCACUAAAGCCUGUCAAGAGCUAAUGCAAAAGACCUGGAAGAGGUGUUAUAAACAAGAGAAUUAAAGCUCUAGGCGUAAUCUACAUGAGAAACCGUUCCAUUCUGUAAAAGAUCUUAGUGCGUUAUAUCCUAAGAAAGUGUAGUCGCGAGGGCUCACGCCUAACCCUCGACCAAAUUAAAAAGGGGGGGAAAUGAGCUACGAAUUUCCACUUAUAAUCCUAAAGAAAGGAGUCUCUUACUCUCUCUUAAAGAAUAUUACAAAGCUGCGUUUAAAAUUUAGGGACUUUUUCGAACUUUAUUGAAAGUAAGUGCACUCAACCAUUUUUUCAAAAUAUUCGUAUUGUUCAAGAAUGGAAUAAACUACCGCAACAGUAGUAAAGGCGAGAAUUUAGAAACUUUGAAGUAAUAAUAUUUAAAAAACUUUUUUUUUACGCGGAGUGUUUUUUUUAGUCUUUAAACUCUCUAAAUUAUGGUUUAAAUCAUUUCUCAACUUGUAAAUAGUUAGUUUAAGUUAUAUCAUUUCUGUUUCAUUAAUUGUUACCACUGCGGGCUUCUUCAUGUUCAUAAAUUAUGUUGUUAUUCGAUUUUCCUACUGUUUCCUUUACACUGAUGUAUUUUAUUUAUACUUUUUUCACAUAAUGAAUAACUAGUAGGCAUGUAUUACGUAAUCUUCUCCUCACUAUCAAAAUAGGAGUCCAUUGUCGACCGAGUUUCAUAGACUAUUCUUUGUCUACUACUGUAGAAAGUGUACAUAGCGUUAUGGUGUUUAGAAGUCGUCUGAAUGGAGUAUAUACUAGUAUUCUUAGUGUGCUGAAGGAAUCGCCGUAUGUUAGCAAGUAUCUAUGCACCUGUUUUGACUAAAAAGAUUAGGAAGCUGUGAAUAGCUUGAGUCUACACAUCUCAAACUGGUCAAAUUCAUUAUUUAAACAAGUAAUAUAUUUGGAAGUUUCGUGUAAUCCAUCCUUAUUCUACUUAUGUUUUUAAGACAGCUAAUUUUAGGAAACGCCGUGUUUCUUUCCUGAAACAUAUUCAUGCAGUUUUAACCAGAAAUUGUGAUGAAGUUUUGACUUCAAAUAAUCAAUUUAUUCAAGCGUAAUAAAAGCGAAUAAAAAAUUGUCAACCUUGUCAGUUUUAUACAUCCAAUCACAUUGAAGCAUUUUAGCUGGGUACAGGUGCUAAUGUGAGCUAUUAGCUGAAAAUGGAAAUUACUUCGGUGUUUUCGCCGCCAGCAUACAAAACUCUUUGACGUCAGAGCUAACGAAAACAUUGAGAAUUUAUGCGAAUUAGAGCGGUGUGUUGAUUGCAAGAACUACUUGUUUAUCAGCAGCACGCACCACAGAGAAACGUUUAUGACUCUCGCAAGGUUUUGCGCAUCCUCUUUCACUAAGAAGCGAUAAAUUAUGGUGGGUAUAUGUCGUUAUCGCCGUACCAUGUUCGUCCGAUUUUGCACGAUUCGCUGCUCAAAGUGCUUUCUCGGUUUGAAGCGUCAAAACAAACCCAAACCGUCUCAAAUUAUGCCUGAAUUAUUUUUCUGCCAGACGCUCUUUUAUUUUUCCCGUUUGUCUGCACGUUUCACACUCUUCUGUUAUUUAAAAUCUUAUUUUAGGCUGACCGUGAGCUUUCCGAGGAGCAAAUAAACGGUAAGCAAGCUUGACAUAAGACAGAUGAUCGUUACUAAAAUAUCUUGACAAUCGCAAAUGUGAUUUAAUCUUUAGCUUUACUUAUAUCGCUUCAGUAGCGACCCAGAAUUGUUGUUUUUUUUAAAUAAGAAAUAUCGUUCGAUUUUUUUCUUUUGCGCAGAGCUACGCGAGGCUUUUUCUCUUUUUGACAAGGAUGGGAGCGGCACUAUAUCAAAUGACGAACUGGAGGUUGUAAUGAAGUCAUUGGGACAGAACCCAACUCAAAGCGAAUUAAAAAAGAUGAUACAAGAAGUCGACGUGGAUGGUAUUAACUACGUUUUUCUGAUGUUAAAUUUGUUUUGAAACGUUGCACCUUAUUUUUAAUGUAAACCAAAAAAGUGCUAUGUAUAUUAGGGACGUCAAUAACAUGGUGAAACUGAAAGAAAGAUCGUUAUUAUCUCAGUAUAUUUAAAAUUGCUGGAACCAAGCAGUGACUGAAUUGGCUGCUGUCGCGGAUUAUUAACAAAAACACACAGGUUUUAAAAGUCGUUCUUGGCGGAUACAUCAUUCACAUUUUAUGAUAUAGCUUCCAAGUCGAUCUAAUAUUUUGCUUGCCUUUGCAAAAUAUUUUGUGACACUGGUAAAUUUCCGGGUUUAUAUAGCAAAAAAACAGAGAAAUUAAUCUCUAAGCGAAUUACUUCCCGUUGACAAACUUAUUAUAAUUGAAACUGUUCUAAAGUAGCUAAGGCUGAAACAACGAGCAACUUUAGAACCACUUUUCGGCUGCAGUAUCAGACAUAAACCUUUAUGAAACUGAAAAUACGUGGAGAGGUCAGUUUAUUUUCGUAAUAAAUGGCAAACUGAUGCAAAGCUGUCAUUUCAACUUUCAUACUCGGUUCAACCAAAUACGUUUCAGAUUAGCAUGACAAAAGCUUGUCAUUGAUUUCUGAUUUCCACACACUUGUUCCGUUCUGAUGUGAAGCCAUCGAUUUUCUUCUAUAUAGUACCGUUUUCUUGGCUAUUCUAUAUAUAUUUUGAAAAGAGCUAAUAAGGACGGCGGUUUCGGCCAAAUUUUCCUCAGAUUCGCUUAAAAUGAGAGCGUUGCCCAGUACUAGGUGCAAUUGGCUCGCGAGCAAAAAUAAAUAUCUUGCUCCCAAAGCCGGGCUCAACCGCUGAGCUCAUAGUAUGUUACUUAUCAAGUAAAAACGAACACAUCAAAACCGACUGAAAUCCAUAUAAAAUCGUGUACGUUUCCAAAGGCUUUUUCAAUUAAGUGAUAGAUUAUCUAAUGGAACUAAACUCACGGCAACGUAGAAGGCCUUAAUUAAAAAGUUUAUAUUAGGGUUAGUACGUACGGAAAUGGGCAUUUUCCAUGUUUGCCUUAAAACGCCAUGAAGACUUUUUGCGGCUAGGCGGCAUAAGUUCAGUUUAUCAUCGUCCGUUGACAUAAAUAAAAAUAAUGGAAUUGAUAAAUUAAAUUCCUCAAUUCUCUUUUGUUUUUAAGCCCAAUUACAUUAGGUAUAAAGUCGACACCCACAUAUCUAUUAAAAUUUAGCCUAAGAAGCACUAGAUUGUAUUGCUGUUGUAUAAUGUUACAACAGUUUUUGAUAAAAAAAAAGACAAGAUUAAGCGCUUACCCACGUAAAGUUAAAUUUAAUUAUACUGGAUAGCCUUCAAAAUGACAGCAAAAACUAGAUUUAGCUUUGAUUUUUUUUUAAUAUUUAUUAUUUUUAUUUAUUUAUUUAUUUACAAAAAAUAAUUACAAAUACGUGUUCUUUUAACUAUUCAAAACUAUUUUCAUUUUCACAGCGGGCUGAAAAUAAUAAAAAGAAAAAAACUGAAUUCGUAAAGGAAAGAAGCCAAAUUAAAAGGAAAAAAACGGAAACCUAAUAAGUGAAACAGUAAAGCAGUAGAGUGUAGCUUAAAGGAACAGAUCUGAUAUCUAGGAAAAAAAAGGUCUCUCGUGAUGGAAAACAGUUGGUUCAAGCUUGGAUUAUCCGCGCCGGAAGCACGCCAACUACGGUUCAUCUUUAGUUUUAAAUUUUUUGGAUAUCUUCAGUGGCAUGACUCGCGUCCAAACGAUGUGGUGCUUUUCGAUUAAGGCGGCAGAAACUUAAAAACCUUUUGCUGGUUAUCUGGCAAGUCCCUCGAACAUUCUGUAAAAAACUGAAAUUUUGAUUCGUCAUUUUGAACUUGUCAAAACAUUAAGCUUCGAGCAAACUGCUGAAAAUCGGCCUGCAAUUCCUUAGUCUUAUGAAAUUUUUUUUUUUAAUUUAUUUUUGCUCCGAAAAUUAGGGUCUUUUGGGAUUUCGAGAGUUUUUAUAAUCGACAUUAAGGGACUCCGCUUGCGAACGUGAUGUCGGAUCGGAGACGGAGAGACUGGAGAGAGAUCAUCUGUUCGGAGAAUUCCGACCAGCAUACAUGGGAGAGAUAAACUGAAUGAUGAUGAUGAUGAUGAUACGAACCAUUUAAAUGUGAGAACUUCAUUUUAAAGAAGUCUUAAUUCUGGGAAUUCUGGUAGGACGAGCACAAAUCAUGUUCAGUUUCUUUUAAAAAAAACAAAAACAUUAUAGGAGGUUGUUAUUUAUCUGAAAUAUCAUAAAAUGCGAACUCGUGAUGUCUAAAAGGUGUUUUUAAGAUUUAUCAAUCAAUUCAAUGACGGUCCGACGAGAAAAUAGCUUCCUCUUGUUGAUUUUACCAGUGAAGAAGGAACCCUUAAGUCUAGCAAGCUAACGAUACUGCUGAUCAUAAACAGAAAUAUGAAAAUAGCAACGAUGGAAUAAUAAUUAUAACAUAACGUGCCGCCCAUCAUUAAUUCAACCAACGUGUUGACUAUGCAAGGAUAGAGUACUGCGAUAAGGUCACGUUCAGUUUGAAUUUAUCAUUGAUAAUUGGCAUACAUUAUGGUAAAAACGUGAGUUGAAUCGAACAGAUGAUAUUUUCUCUCCGGUAUGAAUUUACUAAGUGUCUGCAAAACGAAGGGUUUGUGAAAAAAGAAAACGGACAAACACGCUCCGGAACUGGAAAGGAAAAAGAAAAGAUGAUCCAAGAUCAGAUAAAAAAUCCGGAUCUUUGGGAUUCAGUUUUUCUUUAAGAAAAGAAGUGAUGUAUCCAAAAAAAGGAUUAUUCUUCAUUUAUUUCCAUAUAAACGACCCACAAUAUCAACGGUAUUUCGGAAAAUAACACGGCUACGGACAGUGUAGCCUCCCACGCAGGCGUUUUUAGGGGAGGGAAGAAAUACGAGCUCCCCUAAAAACGCCUGCGUGGGAGGCUACGGACAGCGUUGCUAGUUUGCCGAUCUUUCAUUGUAUUCUGGACGAUUAGCUAAAGGAGACUGUUUUAGACGGGCCAAAUGAAGACGAGUCUUUCAGUUAGAUAUGCCUGGAAAAGUAAGUCUUGUAAGACGGGCCGGCGAAGUUGUGUAGCUGAAUUUUGUCCUUGUGAACUAGAACAAUGCCUGUUUGUAUUGCAAUUUUACCACCCAAAUAAAACGGACAAAAUUCAUUGUAGUCAAACAGCUGAUAUAUGUAUUAAAAUUGUUUCGUGUUACCACUGACAGUAUUCACUCCAUUUGGAUCCGUAGCAAAGAAACGCUUCGGAGCAUGUCAUAGGAUAUCUUAAAAAAUACUCUACAUUACACCACCCCACUUUAAAAAUUCUGAGCAACCUGUAAAGAGCCAGGCCUUACCCUACUUGAGUAAGAGAUAAAUUUCAUUUAAACAAUCGCCCCUCGCUACCUCUAUAGGAAAGGUAUAGGGGCAAGAGAUGAGGAUUUAAAUUUUGGUAUUAGAGUUUGAAGGGUUAAUUAACCCUUAAGAUUGGAUAUUAGAAAACCAAAUUUGACUCUCCCGAUAAAACUUGGAGUAAAUUGCAAACAUCAAGUCAAUGAUUUAUUAUUCUCAUGCAGAUAAAACGCAUUUUCUAAGACUCUUUGAAACUCAAAAAUGGCCUAUUGAAAUACUAGUCUGUUGUAAGUGAAUUGUAGGAAACCCAAUGCAAACACAAUCAAGUUUCUAUAGAUGCCUUCACAAUGUGUUCACGCCUUUGCAAUUUUCCUCUUUUGUGUUUUUGACGUCGCUUCGUCUGCCCUUAACUACUCAUUACAACUCUUAAUGUGUUUUCCUUCUUCGUUCACUUCCAAUAGUAUAGACACGGUUUAAGUUGUGUUAAAACGGAAAAAGAGUUAACUUAACAUCGAUGUUAUAUCAGAUAAGAUCGACUUGGAAAAAUAGUGCUCAUCGUUAUUAGGCAAAAAGUCAAAAAAUGCCAGAACGAGACUAAACGCACCAAUAAAAUGAAAGACAUGAAGUUAAUUUAUUUUCAUUUCUUAUUUUGCACUUCAUUGAAAAGAAACUGGAAAUUUGAGAAAACAAUUAGUAUGACUUUCCGUUUUCAAGAUAUGGAACCCUGAAUAACUGUAUUAGUGUUAAUAGGUAAUCACAUGAUAAAUAAGCACGAGUAGAGUUUUCAGAGAUCAUCAAAAGUGCGGUGGGACAAGCGAGCUUCUCUAAAAUUCUGGCGUAUCACGGCCUUGCCCGGCGCUCAUUUGAUCCACUCUCGCUCGUUGUCGUUUACGUCCAUUUCAAUUAAGAAAAUGGGAAAAGGUCGAGGUCACUUGUAUUCUGUGUCUACAUGAAAAUACAUUCAUGUAAUUGAUUUGGAUUAGCCUUCGGCAUGCAAGGGGCUGACUAUUUGGAUUUAUUAUUAGGACCUGGAUACAUCAACUUAAUCAUGAAAGGACAAAACAAUUAACUUAGACUUUCUAUUGACGUCCUUUAACAUUUUUUUCCCUGGUCGCUCGCUCGCGAUCUCGCUGCGCGACCUCGUUGAAGCUCGCUUCUCUCGCUAUGAACUUAUGAUAGGUCAACUUGUAGUGAGUCUACAGUUAACCGUAUUCUCAAGCUCACCUCAGUCAGUUCUUUUUCCCUAGGGAAUGGAGAAGUAGACUUCGAAGAAUUCUUACUGAUGAUGAAAAAACAAAUGAUGUCUCGAGACGCAGACAGCGAAAUGCUUGAAGCUUUCAAAGUUUUCGACAGGAAUGGGGACGGACAGAUCAGGUGAGAUCUAUAGACAAGAUGAGGUUCUGUUACAUUCCUCACUCGCAAAUCUCUUGAAUUAUGCUAUACCAUCACCCUGUACCAUCUUCCGAAUUGGCGAACGUGCGUUUGUCGUCUUUAAGAGUAUCAUUUUAAGUUCCUGCCUUACUUGGUCAUAUUCAAACGCAGCUAUAGCCAGUUAAAAAGGCAUUUGUAGGGAACAGAGUCCUUCUUCAAUCUUUUUGAAAAUGGUCUUGCCAUCUGGACUCACAAAUUACCGCUAUGUAUCUGAGGGCGGUUACAGAAUGUGGCCUCAGGCGGACGGUUUCUCUUUCGUAUUUCCAUGUACGCUUAAUAAUUGGCUCUAAAACGUCCCCGUCGACUGUCGUCAAAAUCCACACCUCAACAGGCAUUGUAUUGAACAGAGUAAUUCAAUUUAAAGUUAUCUCACUACAGGGCCGUAGCCAUGAAGAAACUACAACCGAGGCGAACACACGGUCCGUUGUACGAAAUUAGCCGUAUGAAAUCUUCUAAUAUUAUCAGUCUGAUAAAAAAAAAUAAAAAUCGACAGUAUUUGAUAAAAUUUUACCUAGGCGAGUGCCUCGGUUCGCCUCAUACUGGCUACGGCGGUGCACUACCUGUUUAGAGGUAAAGAGACUUUUACUCUUUAUGGCGUGUGAAAAAGACCUUGCCUCGUUUGAGACGGAACGUUGGGCGAAUCUCAGGCUCACUUUGUCUAACACUGAACUGAAAUUCUUCUCUAAAUGUUCUCAGUCAUCUUUUGUCAUCCCUCGAACUCUAAAUGAAAAAUAUCAAAGGAUUCUUCCAAAGCGAAAACAAAGGAUGAUCGAUUCUUGGUCAUUUUUCAACAACACAGGAGUUUAUCGAAAAAGUUUCCCCAAUCUUUUUGUCAAGUUGUAAUCCGUUUCCAUCCAGUCUAACGAAAGCACAUGCUCUUCAGGAAAGAUAAAAGAGUAAAAGAAAAAGAACGUUUUCUUAAUGACGUUCAAAAUAAAUGGCGAUAAGUUGUAAUAUUUUCCAUUUGUCUUUGUUUAUAGUCCAGGCGAAUUAAGAAAUGUAAUGACGAGUUUGGGGGAGAAAUUGACCGAGGAAGAGCUUAGUGAAAUGAUGAAGGAAGCUGAUCUCAAUGGAAAUGGUUUUAUUGAGUUUGAAGGUACACUUAGUAUCAAAUCUCAGUCUGCCCUGGUAGAAUACCCUUUGGAAUUCUUGGUGCGAAUGUACAACCGUUUUUUCCUAUUUCAGUGGAAAGUGGGCGGUUUUUUUUUGCCCGCUCUCUUUUACACAAGUAGAUGCUUGUUAGAUUAGCCCCUGAUAUUCGCCCCCCAGAUUAACCCCUGAUAUUCGCCCCCCAGAUUAGCCCCUGAUAUUCGACCCCCUCCGAUUAGCCCCUGAUAUUCGCCCCCUAGAUUAGCCCCUGAUAUAGACCAAUAUUAUUAUUGCACGAUGGUUUGUUUCAUUGCAGAAUUUGUUCACAUGGUGUCAAAUAUUUCCAAGAACCCAGAAGGACCUCCUCAGUAUUUGCUGGCUACGAAAUAGUUCAGUUAGUUUAGAAUCAGUCGACUUUCCGUUAUCCACUUAAAAUAUUCAGUUUAUUGAGAGUAGUGUUCGAAUGAAUUUCACACGACGGCGACUUCCUAGAUCGAAUCUAGAAGCAUUGCCUCGUCUCAAAGACUCUUCAUUCCUGGAGAAACGUUAAGGGAAGACGAUUAGACUAUAACCGCAUAUACAGCGUUUUCCGCUGCAAUUUGAAACAUAGAGAGGUCCAGAAAUUGAAAUACUGUUUCAAACAGAAAAAGGACUCAAGGGGAAAGCCACCAAGUCAUUCGAAGACUGCUCUGUUGUAAAAAUAUUUCUGCCAAGUUAUUGCAGGAGCAGGGCUCCUGGUUAUUGUAAAAUAGAAACUGAAGAAAAGCAUUAUUUAGAAAAGCAUUAUGCAUUUGAACAUGGUUCGAUCGUGAGCCAAUUAGACGAAGGCGCCUGGUUGCGCUUGAGAUUCGGUCAAGAUUGUGUCGAAAUGCACCUUGGGACUGUUUCAGGGGACGAACUAAUAGGACAAUUGAACGAUGACGCCAUUUUACUACAACUACCAGAAUCCUUGAGUUCGUUGUUUUCUUCUGCAAAUUAAGACUAUUGUUCUGUAAUCCUCAGCGGGAUUGCAAAUUUAAAAAACAAAACAAAACCGAAAUGAAUUCUGGUAGUUGUAGUCCAAUAUCGUCAUCGUGCAAUUGUCCUAUUUUCUCCCACUUUUCAGUGCAACUUUAACCACAUCCUCAGUUAAUCCUUCAAGAAAUCGAGGGUGAAAGGAGGGAUUAGAAGGGGAGAGAUAUAAAUGGCCCUCAGCGACGGAGUUGCGACAGCAGCAGCAGCAGCCCAUAAUCCGUAGCAAGCAACAUCCAUGUACUUGUGUCAUUUUCACUGACCAGUUAAUUUUUUUAACGAUUUUGGCGCGAAUUUGUAGCAUCUUCAGUUUAAGUCCCACGAACCAGUCAGCAACCUACCCUGAAAAGGAUAUUUUGGACCUUUUAAUGACGUUUAGUUUUCGUUUUUCAUAUCCUAUUUUUUGAAUGUGCUCGUAGUCGGAGAGGAGCUUCCAGUUUCGCGGGAACAAUUAUUCUAAAAUGUAUCUGAAAAUAUUCCGGUCCGUGAAAACGCCCUGACGUAGCCCUAGUUUGGGAGUUGCUCGCUCCACGCCCCUGGUUGCAGUAAUUGUACAGCGGAACCUCUAUAUAACGAAGUCCUCGGUAUAACGAAUGAUUUUCUUUACCCCAGUAAUAGUAAAGUGUAUGAAAAAUAACCUCGAUAAAACGAAACCUCGUCAGUAUAGCGAACAAAUCUUGCCAGUCCCUUGGCCCUUCGUUAUACGUCGAAGUUCUAUUGCGCAUAUGCAAACAAUCAAAAAAUCAACUGGGUCUCGGGUAACAUAGCAUCGCGUCAUUGUCACGAGUUAAGCGUCAGUUUGAUGGUUUGAUUAUUUAAAAGGUAAUAUUUAUUACUGGAGAAGUUUUCAGUGUUUUCCCGUCGAAACCUGACCGUUCACGCCAAUUCCGGUAUGAGGGUGAUCUGACCUUGCUCACAGCCCUCUGCACGAGCUGUCUUCGACUCAACAAUUGUAUCAUCAAUAUGAUCUCUAACUGAUCCGUUAUAAAAAGUUUAAAGAUUUAAAUACCAAGUGUUUAUUCCAAGACAAACGAUAAGUGAACUUAUCAAUGCACUUACCAUAAUGGACAAUAUCUUUCACUAUAUAGAUUGACACUGAUACAUAUUAAUGCAGCAACCAGCUGACGGGUACUCACCGAAGUUAUAUACGGGAACGCUCCGCCCCAAGGUCUAACCCCCUAUCAUUUUACAUACCUUUUUUAACAGAAAAGGUACCCCUUUCUUAUACCUUCUACUGACAAAUGGUACCCCUCACGACACAACUAGUUUAACACUCUGCUUCACUUUUAACUGCUGAAAAUGCUCCGUCUUUUCAAUACGAAUAAAUCACUAAACCAAAAAGUUUCCUUGUCUCUUUCGCAUCCAUAAAAUGCGUCUGUUAGACCCUUCUGAUCCUUUUACAGACCAAAAUAACAGAUUUCCCUACCCUUUUAUAUACUUCCAAUGAUGAAAACCCUUGUCUUACAUAUACCUGAAGACCCCUUUCGGGCGGAGCCUCCCCGUAUAGCAAAUCCCCUGGGACAGCAACAAGCACUGACGGUAGUGUUUCCCGCUUAUAUCAAGGUGGCACUUUUUCCUGGCAACUGUUUUUCUUUUGUGAAAAAUUUACUCUUUUUUGUACAUAUACGCUACUACGUAGUCUUCUACGCAUUCCCAAUGUUGUGCAACUAAGUUGUGUGGGAGCAUUUGUAAAAUAAAUCAUCAAUAAAGAUAAAGCGAGA